CACCUUGCGUCACACAUCGGCUUCGUGCACUGUCGGUUUGUCGUACAUUCCCGGCGUUUCAUUAUCUUCGCGUGAUUGUGAGCUCCACCUGAUACGCAAACCUCCAUUGCCAUUAGUCUCCACGUAGUACACCGCGCCUAAAUAGCCGUCAUUAUCAAUAAUAUUCUCCCCAAAUAAGUGGAAUAAAUAUAAAAUUCCCUCAUUCAUCCGCCAGUCACUUUCACCAUUUGGAGAACCUAAAAGGGAGGCCAAAAUGGCGGCGACGCACCUCGAUGUUGGUCUCAGGUGUAUAAAGUAUCUUCUGUGUGCUGUCAAUUCACUAUUCGUGUUGACGGGGGUGAUGAUAAUAUCCGUAGGGACGACGAUUUACGCUGUUUAUGAGGACUUCCGACACUUCUUGGAUCCGAGUUAUUUCUCACCUGCAACACUACUCAUUGUUGUUGGCGCCUUAGUCUUUCUCAUCGCAUUUUUCGGAUGCUGUGGAGCUAUCAAGGAGAGCACCUGCAUGGUUCUAGUCUUUGCAGUGUCACUCUCCAUAGUACUUAUCCUCGAGGUAGCAGCUGCGAUUUCUGCUUACGCACUGCAGGACGGUAUCAAGAAUGCCCUUGCUGACAGAAUGAAUGCAACAAUGCAGAGAUACGGACACAACAGCGAAGCAACAGGAGCAGUUAAUUUUAUGCAGUCGAGGUUGAGAUGCUGUGGAGUCUAUGGUGCAGAGGACUGGAGGGGGGGUCCAUACCCAGAGUCCUGCUGCGCUUGGGUGAGAGUCGUUGAUAACGACGAGACAGAAUGCAGUGCGGUUUAUCAGGAUGGCUGCAUUGGGCGUAUGAUGAUGAUUGUCGAGAGAAGUGCACUCAAUCUGGGAACUGGAGCCAUUGCAAUCGCCUUAAUUCAGUUCACUGGAAUUAUGUUCGCCUGUACCCUGGGGCGUGCUAUUCGUCGUCAGAAAACCGAGAGGGAGCGACGAAAGUGGGAAUUACGCCGGAGUUUAGUGGACGGUUACCAACCCCUGGGCAAAACCGACCCCUUCGUCACAUUUCCUGUGGUGUACAUGCAGCCUUCAGAGCCCCUGAAGACUGCCCCAGUGAGUUAAUACCAAUAUCUCAAUUGUUUUGGCAUUGAAGUGGAACUUACAGAGUUCCUUUGAACUCGUUCAUUCGUGAUUUGUUAGUCAAUUACCUUGUUGAUGAUUGAUUCUAGGAGAGAACGUCAAAAGAACUUUUGUGAAAAGUUUUUCCAGCUAGAAAAAGGUCUUUUGAUAUUUUCUCUUAAAAUGAGUCGUUCUGAAGAUAAUUCCAGAAUUGAUAAAUAUGUCAGGUUUCACCACUUCAAUGCAUUUCCCAAGUCCCCCAAUUUCUGCAUUUCGAAGCCAAAAGUAUGAUAACCAAGUACUUAAUUAAAUAAAUUUUCCCAAGAUAAUGUAAUGUGUUAUAUGACACAAAAUCAAUGUGCCUAUAAUCGUAAUUAAGCAUGAUGAAUAAAUUAUACGAAUUUAUCGAUACAAA